AUGCUGACUCUCACGCAAACCUUCCUCCUGGCCUCGGCCGCCCUCUCCCUCUGCGCCGCUGCUCCCUUCGAGGAGCAGAAGGGUCACAGCUUCACCGUUCACCAGGUGCGAAAUGAGCACCAUCGCCGCAAUGGAGCUCAGGCCCUCGCAAAGGCCUACCGCAAGUUUGGAGCGCCCAUGCCGGAAUAUCUCGUCAAUGCUCUGAACACGACCUACGCGAACGCCAAGCGGGCCACCACUGGCAGCGUCGUCACGACACCCGAGGAGGACGACGCCGAGUAUCUGACGCCCGUGUCCAUCGGCACGCCGGCGAAGUUGUUGAACCUGGACUUCGACACCGGCUCGUCGGACCUAUGGGUGUUCUCCAGCGAGCUGUCUUCGAGCUCCCAGUCCGGACACAGCGUCUACGACCCGUCCAGUAGCAGCACGUCCAAAAAGCUGUCAGGGUCGACCUGGGACAUCUCCUACGGCGACGGCAGUGGCGCUUCGGGCGACGUCUACACGGACGUCGUCAACAUCGGCGGCGUGUCGUUCGCGUCCCAGCCCGUCGAGGCAGCCAGCACGAUCUCGUCCGAGUUCACCGAGGACACAGACAACGACGGUCUCGUUGGACUGGCCUUCAGCAGCAUCAACACGGUCUCUCCCAAGGCGCAGAAGACCUUUUUCGACAACGUCAAGUCCUCGCUCGCCGCGCCGCUGUUCGCCGCUGACUUGAAGCACGAUGCUCCCGGCUCGUACGACUUCGGCAUCGCCGACAGCUCCAAGUACACGGGCUCCAUCACCUACACCACGGUCGACUCGUCCCAGGGGUACUGGGGUUUCACCGCGGCCAGCUACAAGGUCGGCACCAGCUCGUACAGCACCAAGGUCAGCGGCAUCGCUGACACAGGCACGACGCUGCUGCUGCUCCCCGCCGCCGUGGUCAAGAACUACUACAGCAAGGUGUCCGGCUCCAGCAACUCCAACACGUAUGGCGGCUACGUUUUCUCCUGCACCGCGACCCUGCCCACCUUCACCUACGUCGUCGGCACCAAGAGCAUCGUCAUCUCGGGCGACAUCAUGAACUACGCGCCCGUGGAGGACGGCUCGUCUACCUGCUACGGUGGCCUGCAGUCGAGCGCUGGCAUCGGUAUCAACAUCUUCGGUGACAUUGCGCUCAAGGCGGCAUACGUCGUCUUCAAUGGAGCGUCCACACCACAGCUGGGUUUUGCCACCAAGGCCUAA